AAGUUCCUUAUAUAUCGUAGUAAUACAUUACAAACAUCUAUUCAACAAAAUAAAACUUUAUGUGGGAAUAUUUCUUCUAACGAACGGGCAUUGUGACGUCACGUGCUCAUCGGCUCCCUCAUUGGCCAGGCUUCUGAGUGCGCUGCUGUGCAGCAUUGUUUGAAUUCGUGUGUACAGGGGAUUUUAAAAACUACGUGACUCAGCAUCGAUUUAAACUGGUUCAUUUUGUGGUGAACAGUUGACAGAAUACUGUAAUGAGCAUGAGUUGCAGCGGUGCAUCACUGCAGUCACACUCGACUCGAGCAACGGUUGCAUUUGAUGUGUUGCAGUGUAGUGCCAUCGAUCUGAUACUGUCUGGAAAUGCGGCACAAUAAAUCCGCACACAAACGGAAGCCAUCGACCCCCAGGCGCAGAUCUCCUCCUGCACCACCACCACCGCCCUCCACAUCCCGGCGCCGGCGCACAAGCGGACCCUCCGAGGCAUCCCCACGCAAGAAGCACAGGUUUCGCCCUGGCACGCGAGCUCUAAUGGAGAUACGCAAAUAUCAGAAGUCUACGGAUCUGUUGCUGCGCAAGGGCCCAUUUUCACGACUGGUGCGAGAGGUCUGCCAGACAUUCAGUCGAGAGCACCUGAUGUGGCAGGGAUAUGCGCUGAUGGCUUUACAAGAGGCUGCAGAGGCGUUCAUGGUGCGUCUGUUCUCUGAUGCCAAUCUCUGUGCUAUUCAUGCCAAGAGGGUCACACUGUUUCCACGCGAUAUACAGCUCGCCAGGCGAAUCCGAGGUGUCGAAAACAUGUGAAGAUGGAUGAUUUUAUUUCCUUUUUUUUGGAUUUGAAGAAAGUGGAAGGACACCUUCCUGAACUUUAAACUUUUACUUUAGGCCUUGAAAUCAAAUGUUAAAAUAAAUGCAUAGAUGCAACACAAGAAACCAAAUGUUUGUCUGAAAUUGAAGUAUUGGUUACACAUGGACUUAUUUUUAACCUUUUU